AUGUUAUUAGAAAUUCUACGAUACAACCAAUUUACAUGGAAUAAACAGAAUGUUCAUAUAUUAAAUCACACACUACGGAGGCUUUCCAAUGCUAAUGACAAUAGCUUCACUAUCGAAGAAAUUCAAAAAUCAAAAGAUUGGCUUGAAAAUGCAACACCUUCAAUAAUACCCAAACAUCUAUUCAGUAUUACUUAUAGUCGAUCGUCAGGUCCUGGUGGGCAAAAAGUAAAUAAGACUUCCUCAAAAGCAACAAUCUCACUAGAGCCUGGAACUUGGCUAGACUCAUCAACUUGUUAUUGGAUUCCUUCACCAAUACUAUCUCAGUUGCAAAAUAAACCAAUUAGGUAUGAAACAAAACUGAAAGGAAUAUUAAUUCAGUGUGAUACAAGCAGAAGUAGAGACUUAAACACUGAGGAAUGCUUCAGUAGACUACUUGAGGAAAUCAAAUCGAAUACGUAUUUCGAGACUGAAGCAACAGAGGAAGAUAAGCUUAAAUGGGAAUUAUUGGAAGAAGAUUUCAAGGAACGUAAAAAGUUUAAUAAAAAGAAACAAUCUGACAAGAAACGUAAACGUUCUAAAAAAUUUGAUUUUUAA